AGGAGCACCAUCCUCCUCCGGCAGCGGCAGCCUGUCUGUCUGCCCGAGCACAGCCCCGACGCUUCUCCCCGGCGGCGGGUGCCGUGCCCCACCGGCCCCCUAACGCCGCCGGGAGCGAGAACAACCUGACCGCGCCACCUCCAGGCGGCGGCAGCGGCGGCCCCAGCCCCAUCCCGCCGAGCCCUGGCGGCGCCCGGGCCGGGGGCCGGGGCCAUGCACCCGGCGCGGCGCUGAGCACCGCGGCGGCGAAGCGGAGUUCUCUCCCCGCGGGAAACCCCCGACCUACGUGCGAGCGGGGCCGCGCCCGCCGCCGCCGCCGCCCCCCAUGACCCUGCGCUCCGCCGAGUCCCUGGAGAGCGCGGAGGGCGCCCGGGCGCGCCGAGGACAUCCCGGGGCGGCGGCGGCGGCACCCGCGGCUGUUGCCGAGGAGCCUUGUGAGGCGGCGCUGCUGGCCACAGCCAUGGAGGAGCUGCAGCGGGCAGGAUGGUACUGGGGCAACAUGACUGUUGCUGAAGCCAAAGAGAGAUUACUGGAUGCCCCCGAAGGGACCUUCUUGGUUAGGGACAGUUCACAUUCAGAGUAUCUACUGACUAUUUCAGUAAAAACAUCAGCAGGACCGACCAAUCUACGUAUAGAAUAUCAAGAUGGCAAAUUUAGACUGGACUCUAUCACUUGUGUCAGAUCUAGACUUAAACAGUUCGACAGCGUUGUGCAUUUGAUUGAAUAUUAUGUUCUUAUGUGCAAGGACAGAACCGAAACACCUUCAAAUGGAACAGUUCAUCUUUACUUGAACAAACCUCUCUAUACGUCCGCUCCAUCUCUGCAACACCGCUGCAGAAUAACUAUAAACAAGUGUACAAAUCAGAUCUGGGAGCUGCCAUUACCAACAAGACUAAAAGAGUACUUGAAAGAGUACCAAUACCAGGUAUAAAUAUCUUUUCUAAACGCCUCCAAUGUAAAGUAACUUUUAAAUGCAGUUCUUAAAAUCAGCCAAAGAACUGAGUAACCAGUUGUACAACUCAGCAUGGAAUUCACUAUCAAAACAGUGGCAGUUCUAGGGGAAAGGUUUUUAUUUCAGAUGCCACAAAGGGAGACUUUAUGUAGAAUAAUCCCAGUUUGCAUCCUCGGGGGUUUGACAAGGUGGUAUGCUAUUCUUGCAAGGAGAGAGAAGCCAGGAAUCUGUUCAGAUUGUGUCAAUGGCAUAAAAUACUGCACUAUCAAAUGCUACCUGAAGCAGUGGGACCGGGAGAGACUGCAAAAGUGGUCAGAGACGAAUGAGAGUUCAUAAGUAUCUCAGUUGUUUGAUUCCAAGAUUAAUUUGGUGCUGGUGUUCGUAUAAUCCCGAAAGCUUAACUGGAUCACAUGGUGUUAAUCUUGCCAAAGUUAUGCAACUAAUCAAAUCCAGUCAAAAAAGUGAUCAUCUAUUCAGUUUUUAUUGAACUAUAAUUCUUGUGCUUUUCUGCAAGCAAAGGAAUACUGUAAGUAAUCAGUUUAAAACAUUGUUUUUCGAAGUUCUCUAAAAGCUGACCGUAAGGAGGAAUGCCGCAUCUUUCAUAGGAACCCAGUAUGUUGCUGAUUAUACCAGAUUGGUAUCCUAGAAUCUUUGUUAACAUGUUAACAUCUUCCCAGUGGUGAUAUAUCCAUGUUAUUACUAUUAAGUCUCUUUUGGUUGAGGCUUUGGGACUGUACACUGCAGGCUUGCAGUUGCUCAGUUCCAAUGUCAGAACAUGGAUAUCAGCAGUUACAGCUGUCUUCUACAGUGUAGAAUGUUUUCUUCAGCUUGUUUCCCAAAAUGUGGGGACAUAUGGAUUUGGGGGUUUUUUUGGAGGGGGUUGGUUUGUUUUUUUCCUUUGUUUUUUUUUCUUUUUUCUUCUAAUUCACCAUUGUAGCGAUCAGAUUAUUACUCAAUAAAGUAAAUCAAAUUGCACAAUGAUUUCCCAAUCUUUGUAUGUAUGGAUUUGCUACUAUUCAGGAAACAGCAAUCUUAGGAACCUAUAUAAUUUUCUAGCUAAUACUCAAAUAAAUGCAUAUGUAUCAGCGAGGAUGAAUACCCCUGCUUUGCCUUUGUGAUGCUGCUCAAAGGUAUAGCUGGAUUAUGUUCAGAUUAGUGGUUUAGAGGCUGCCUGCUGAAUUCCCGUAGUUAGGUAUUAGCAUAGGACAUUGCUUUUUCUGUUACAACAGCCCUCCAAAUGGGAAGGAGGGACUGAGACCUUCAGUACCCAUUUCUCAGUCUAAAUGUAAAGUAUUUAACAGAAUAAAUAUUCAAGAUGAGAGUAAUAGGAGAGCAGUAAAGAGAGAAACAAGGACAUAGAUUCAUCCUCAGUCAACAAUUUCAUAGUUUUAACUCUUUCCCUAGCUUACUUUUUAAUUAAAGCAAAUAGACAUGUGUUUGAACAAGGAGGGUUGUCAAGACUUGCUGUACUCUAGCCCUGCCCAGACCGAAAUAGAAACGACAUAAAAUAAUCUUGUUUUCCUUGUGACUUAACUGCUCUGUAGCACUGUCAAGAUGCUGUCCCUUCCCAUAAACUCUGGGGCACUGACCAGCUUAUUGUGUUGCAUCUAACAAAAUAUGCAGUGUUAUGCAUGCAGUUUUGUUAUUAACAUGCUGGCAGAAAUGAAUAGCACAGCCGUCGAGACAAGGAAGACACCAAGAACCCAGCGCAGAGGGGGAUGGUCCCUUGCUGUAGCAAAUACUUGAUAUGUUGUUGUUCUCUCUAUGGAGAAGGUGGCUUUUCUCCCUCCUCCUCCAUGAGUUCAAUUCUCUCUCCCUGUUUUUAAUGCAAGCUUUAGUAUAGAAAUGGGGGAAGUUUUCUCCUGAAAAACAAAACAAAAGCUUUUGUUAUGUAAAAUUUUUCCCCAUGCCCUGCCAAAACAUAGAUUGUUGGAAGUUUUUCACAUAACACAGCAACCACCCUCUGGUUCCCAUCCCAGAAGAGGUCUUCCUUCUCUUCCUUCUAUUCCAGGUGUGUGCCGUAAUCACAUGGUGGUUCUGUGCUUGUCAUCUGUCUUGCUAGGAUCUGCCAUCCUGAAGCUGAGGAGCUUUCCCUGUAAUGAGUGCAUGUGAAAGAACCAUAUUCCUGGGAAUACUUUUCAUUCUGAUGAAUCUCUUCUCUUACAGUUCUUGUCUAGCUCUACUUUCGAUGAGAUAGCUGCUCUUUGGAAUAACUUCUUUUACAGUAAGGAAAUUCUAACCUGCUGCUACGUUAACCUACUACUGGGCAUUUUUAGCAAAGGUGAUACUUAGCCAUGAUAUGCUUGGUGUCUCGGUGGUGAACAUGUUAUACUAAGGUCCUUUAAAAUAAGUUCCCUCGAGGCUCGCCCCUGGCCUGGGGAAUUAAAAUCACGAAUACUGAUGCUGGAACAAGCAGACUGAGAAGAUAAGACCUUUGGAGCGCAAUGAGACAGUCGUGUUGUGCAUAUCAGAAAUGAUUUAUGGCUCCUUACUGGCAGCCUCCUGUAAGCAGUCACAGGCCAGGUAUCCCCCAGGGCAGAGCCAAGCUCUGAGGAACGACACGGGGCAGAUGCAGGGCAGCUCGCUGGGCUUGCUAGUGGUUCUCCAAAGCACAAGGGCAAGUGGCGGGCUGAAGACAAGGAGUGCUAGUAAAGCGAAAGGUGGUCAUUCUUGUAAAUAAUCAAGAGUAGUUACUGUGAUGUGGAAUCAAGUCACUAAAUGUUGAGCAUACUGACUUAUAUUUUGUAUCAUUUGUAGUAGUUACUGUGAGGAAAAGUAGGGUCUGUAGCUGUGGUGUGCUUGAAGCAGUGAACAAUAUUUUGAACAGACUGGAGGGGGAACUAGUCCUCUUUGUAUGAAAGCAUAGUUCUUGUGCUCAUUAGGAUGCCAGCCCUAGGGUUGAUGCAUCGCACUAGUAAAACUAAACACGCUAUAGCUUGCUGAAAGCUCGGCUUCAUUCUAAGGCAGCACAGAGGAAUGACUUGUUCUGGUACAAAAAAUCCGAGGAUAGCACAUGAUUACAGUGGUGCAAAAAUUUUGCAUGUAGACCUCAUGAAUUUUCAGGCACGAUCAUGUUGUCCAAAUAUUUUUUAAAAAGUUCUGGUGUUGGGUUUUUUUUACUUUAUGGGUGUUGCUGCGGCUUGUUCCCAGCACUAGCUUUUAAAUUGCUGGCCUUCAGACUCCAAAAAUUACUUCUAACUGAUAUAUGUCAUCUUGAAUUGCUAGUACAGUGUUCAGUAAAGCCAGUUUCACAGUUUCAAUGCCCAUGAGUCAACUGAAUAUCAUAAUAAAGACUUUAAUCCUAAGCUUUUUUUUUUUCAUCCCAUGUGUUGGUUUGGUUUUUAAUUUUUGAGUCUUGAGGAUUCAGAUUUUCCACCUUAUACCUGGAAUGUUAGUUGCUGAAAACCUCUUUGUUUUCAUUAAAGGAAAGGUGAGAAUCCCACAAUCCUAAAAGGUGAUGCUUGAAAAAAAACAAUAAAAAAUAACUUGCAAGAUGAAUGAUGAAAGUGGAAUUGAUGAGUGUAUUUAAUUUAGCACUAAACCCAGCAGAAGUGUGAACUAUAGCUCCAUUUUAAUUGUAUGAGUAUUUCCCUGCUGCUAGUAUUAUCACCAGAGAUGGAAAAUGGUUCAAGUGCAAAAUGGGUGGGUUGAGUGGGAAUGUAACGAAGCAGCUGUGCCCAUUGCAUGAGAAGUAAUUUUAUUUUAAUCUGACCUUGUCACUAUUGUCCUAAUUAUAUUUUAUGUAACCACAUUCUAGACAAACAAUAUAUAAUUAUUAGCAAGAAGGAAAAAUUGUUCACUAAAAAUGGGAGGAGAGGGGUUUAUUUUUAUAUCUGAAAACAAUCUGGAACUUACUCACUAAAAACUGUGGAGCUCUAGAAUCUGAGACUCUUAUUAAAAUAAGUCUCAUUAUGUUAAGAAAACAGAAUCUGCAUACGAUACUAUGGACAGGGUUCUGUAGUUGCAUGAAUGCCUGUGUCUUAGCCAUCUCUCCUGUCUUAGCAAAGUGUUCCCGUAGGUAAAUUACCAUGUUAAAGAUCAUAAAAAAGCUUUAUUUACUUAUGUGUUCUAUUCAAGAGUUUUUUUCUUGUAUUCCUAAUAAAAUUCCUAUGGAUUUUUCCUUUGGCUAUAAGCUUAGGAUCUAGCAGAAAGUAAGUUGAGUGGUGUCAAGGCUUUGUUCUUUUUAAGCCACAACACAUGAUGGAAACAGAGAGAUACCUUUAGAUGUGGGUGUCAUGUCUAACAGUCAUUUAAAAUAAAGUAAAACAAAACUUUUGCUGACUUUGCUGUCAUUAAAAUAAAUCUAAGUUAUCAUAUUGACUGCUAGAGGAAGUAAUAGCUUGAGGCAUUCUAACAGUUGUAUUACUGAAUCUCAGUAAUUAUAAGAAACUUUUCUGUUGAAAGGAGAAAUUUUAUUUUAAAAAAACCCAAUAGAAAUAAAGGAAACUUUUUGUACAUAAACCAUAAAAUUUCCAAAUAGAAGAACUAGAAAUCACUUGAAAGGUCUGAGCUGGUUAGUGCUGUAUACAGAAAGCUACUUUGGUAUCUCAGCCUAGCUCCUGAAAACCGCUUCUUUGUUAGUGUUAACUUCAGCAGGUCUCAGUAUUUUGCUAAGCCCUCAGCAUGACUGAAAGUGCCUGGAAACAACAUUCCACCGACACGUAACUUCAGAUCACCAGCCUCUGAGCUCGCUUUACAACAAAUGGUGGUUCGCCACAGUAUUGCUGAAAUUGGGUAAUUUCUACAACGGGCUGAAGAUCAGUCAAAGGAAGUGGGAGGCAGUGUUGGCGCUGCCAGGGGCUGUGAAGGACAUCGGUGCCGACCAUUGCUGGUCAUUAUCUGUUGUCUUGGACAGAGGGCAUGCUACAAGCUGGGCAAAAUACCACCAGGAAACCAGAUGAGAAGCUAUUCUGCUUGCUGAGGAGGGAAUUAGCUGUCUGGCUUUUGGUGUCUGAGAAAGGACUAAAGGGAAAGAACAUGGAAAAGUCUGCAGCUCCUAGGAGAGGUGGCACUUCUCACAAGGUGUAUCAAAAAACUAACCAUCAGGACUAGUAUGACACCGGAAGGCAUAUUAGUAGAGCUUAAAGGUCCAGGGGAGUAAUUAGUAUCAGCACACAAUUUGAAACCACAUGUAAACAAAGUCUGGCUAGGUAACUGAAUUUCAGGAAAAAAAAUAAGCUUAUAGCGAAAUCAGUCUGUCCUGGUCCCAGGGUUGCCAAGGGGGGGGGAGGAGGGAUUAACUGUGUUUAUUAAUUGGGUUAUCUACAGGGCUUUGAAGUAGCCAGUGCCUCCGAGAACAUCUAGGGAAAUGUAAAAACAUAUCACCAUAAUUAUGGUGUUUAAUCUCCCUGAUCAAUUGUGGAUUUUACUCUACUUAAAUCCUAUUUAAAAAAAAAAAAAAAUUGCACCUGUGGUGGUUUUUUGUUGCAGUUUUUUUUGCUUCCAGAGUUGGAGUCAUUAACUCUCCAGGAACAGAAGAACCAAAAUAAUAUCAUUACUUUCUAUUAUAUUAAGAAGUAAAAACAUGCAGGAACAAAAGCUAUUUAUAUUAGGAUAAGAAACAAGCUGGCAUUUAAUAGGAAAAAGUUCAAACAGAUUAUACCCAGGAAAAGUUCAGUGCUGAGUGCUGCAAAGAACAGAAUACAUGUAAAAAACGCCCAAAUUCAAUGUGCCUGCCUUAAUUAUUCUUUCACUGGCAGGCAGGGUUUAUGUAAGUAAAUCCUUUUGUUUUCAGUCAAACUGUUUCAUAGCUGAUGUUUCAUAGCUGAGGAUUGCAAUUUGGUGCAGUCGGUGAACAAAUAGGAAAUGCAGAGGUAGAUUAAACGCGGGAAAAGAUUCAAAGCCCAGUGCAAAUUCUUCUUUUGACUUUAUUGAGGUUAUUUGGAUCAGGCUUGAUAACAAGAAUUAUAGACUGAUAUCUGAAGGCUGUAAAAUCACUUUUCAAAAUGCUUUGUUACAAUUUAGUUGUAUCCCUUUAGGUUGCAGCCCUGAAAUAGGAUCCGUUCAGCUGAAUCUCCAUACCCUUGGUUUGUCUCAGGGGGAAUCUCCAAAUUUGAGGGGUUGUUCUGGACACCUGUAUUACACAUCAUAUAUUUGCUUUUUUCUUACUUAGGGUGCUGCUUAUUGACACAGUCUGGGGGACAGAAUAAGUUGCGGAUCGACUGUUGCUGUCUAUGGGAUUUUAAGCUGGUUCAUUUUCUUUUAGGUAGACAAUAUUAAAGAAGACUGAGUCUAUAUUUACCUGUUUGUAAAGUGGGCAGUAGACUUAACAUUUUGUACUUUAUCAGCGUGGGGUGAAAAGUCACUUAUAUUUCAAUUAACAUUGAUAUGAACCUAAGUUGCAAUGAUGUUAAUAUCUUUGAAUGGCUUCAUUGCUAGGAAGAGAGAAGACAGUAAGUUAGGAAUGUGAGAUUCUCGUCUAACUAGAUUGCAGUGGAAGUGUCAUCGCAGCUCCUUCAUGAGCUGAAGCACUUCAGGCGCAUGCUUUCUGCGAGGGAAACUGCCUGCGAGAAGAUAACUGUUUUCUGGAAAUUCAUCUGUCUCUCUUAACUCCCCUGAUGGAGGAUGCAGUCCCUGCUGCAGGCUGCUUAACUAGCCCCCUGUAACCAGGCAUGCAGGUGGGUUUCACUUUGAAAGGGAACAAAAUAGAGUAAGUUAAUUUUUAAUAGAAGGGUAUUUUUUUGUUUGAAAAUGGGAUAUAUGGAAAAAGUAUAAGCAGUGGCAAAUCUCUUGCUAGGCUACCUGUAAACGCUUUCCACAAAUCAUUACUAGCUCCUGAAAAGCUUAACCUGGAAGUAAGAACCUUUAAAAAUAUAGGUACUGUAUAUGAGUUUGUCCAGUUCAAAGCCUGGGAAAAAACCCAGAAGAUUACAAAAAGCAGUAGUUAUUCUCCUCCUAAAUAAAACCAACCUUCCAGUCUUUUAUCUAAAAUGCUAGACAACCGUUUUGUAUGCUGUAAUUUGCAAACAAAAAAAGUUGGGUUUGUGAAAAGGUUUUAGACUUGAAUCUUAAAUUCCUCUUACUUAUUUCUCAAUGCUUGAUUUUCAUGCUAAUUUGUGAAUUUUCUUUGUUUGUUCUCACAUUAUUAAAAUGAUUGCUUUACAUUUAAAAAAAGUUUCAUAUGUCUGGAAUGAAUAUUUAGAAGCUUGCAGUAUUUCAUCUGUCUCCUCAAAGCAGCUUUAAAUUGAACUUCAAAAACAGAGAACUACAUUAAUUUAUAUAUUUAAAGAAAAUGGACUAAAAAUUCUGAGAAAUACUGAGUCACAUUUUGUAAAUAUUAAUUGCAGGGCUUUUAUUAGAAUUCAUUGCAGAGGUUCUUUUUCUUUUUUCCUGGAAACAAUACAAAAGUUUCACAUUUGAUGCCUGCUUCUUUUCUUCUAACUAUUCUGUAUUCACCUUUGGCUAGAGAUGAUUUGUAUCAAAGUAAACAGCAUUAAGAAUUAAUUCAUUUUAAUUCAUUACAGUACUGCUAAUAAACACUUUUAUUAUUGAAAUAAAUGUAAAUGAAUAGACAAUACAUAGUCACUUCAAACCCCACGGUUUAAGAUGUUUUGAAACUUUCUGUGCUGUAUUUUACCUACAUGCUGGACAUGCCUUUUAAUAAAAUAAUACUUUUAAGCAA